AUGUUUGGCACGUCGCCUGGGAAGGACGACGAUGCUGCUGCGGUAGACUCUCCUGCCGGGGGUGAGUCUGCAGCGUUAGCUUCCACCAACGAGACUAUAGAGCGGAAGAACAGCGAUGUGAGCCCCAGCGGCGGGGGGAAGCGAAGAAGCAGCGGAGUCUCGCGCGCCAGGGAUAUGUUCUCCAGCGCCAAGCAGUCAUUACACCUCCAUGGCUCUUCUCCAACAUCUACCACCAUCAACUCGGAGAAACUAAACCAAACACCGAUACAGAAACUUGGAAAGUCCGAUCCAGCGCUCAAUGUCCCUCAGGGUUCUCUGAAUAAUUCUGCUGGCGAAUCUGCGCCUGGCCCGCGCUCGACCUUUAGGGUAGGCGUCACGGAAGAUAAGAACAAGAAAUGUCGUAGGACUAUGGAGGACACACACGCAUAUUUGUACAAUUUCCUCAGCACCCCUGCACCCUCAUACAGCGGAGACAAAGGCCGAAAUUCCACCUCUGACUCAAGUUCAAAUCACUCUGACCCAACAACCCAACCUAUGGUAGAGACAGACAAUGGAUAUUUUGCAAUUUUCGAUGGCCAUGCUGGAACAUUUGCGGCGGAUUGGUGUGGAAAGAAAUUGCAUCUUCUAUUGGAGGACACAAUCCGAAAGAACCCAAAUACACCGAUACCCGAGCUUUUAGAUCAAACUUUCACUACUGUCGACCAGCAACUAGAGAAGUUGCCGCUUAAGAAUAGCGGCUGCACUGCAGUAAUAGCAGUGUUGCGGUGGGAAGACCGGGUUCCAAACGCUCAGUCUUCGACUGGCUCGGUCCUCUUCGCACCGGCUGCUGUCUCUGCAGUGAAGGGUGCGUCGGAAAGCGGAGAUAAACAAACGGAUACCGCUGACCCAGCUCCAGAGUCGGCUGCAGACUCACAAGCUAUGCCCCAGGCAGAAGCUCACCCUGCCGAGGUAAGGCUGCGCAACGAUGCUAGUCGCCAGAGGGUCUUGUAUACGGCGAAUGUUGGCGACGCCCGAAUUGUCCUCUGUCGGAACGGGAGAGCUCUUCGCCUAUCGUACGACCAUAAAGGCAGCGAUGAGAAUGAGGGAAGACGUGUCGCUAGUGCUGGUGGCUUGAUACUGAACAACCGCGUCAAUGGUGUUCUGGCUGUCACGCGAGCCCUGGGGGAUGCUUAUAUGAAAGACUUGGUCACUGGGCACCCGUAUACCACGGAAACCGUGAUCCAGGCAGAUCAAGAUGAGUUUCUGAUUCUUGCUUGCGAUGGUCUGUGGGAUGUAUGCUCUGACCAGGAAGCAGUCGACUUGGUUCGUCAUGUUCAGGAUCCGCAAGCAGCCUCGAAGACUCUGGUCGACCACGCUUUAGCGCGCUUCUCGACUGACAAUUUGUCCUGCAUGAUUGUCCGGUUCGACAAUAAGGCUCUCAAACAACGCAGACACGAAUCUCUGAUGGGGGUUGACGGCGACAGCGCCAAGGCUGGAAUCAGCGAAGCAGACGCGAUCGUCUCACAGGUAAGGAAAUACAUGGGCGAGUUCGACCAACCGACCGAGAACGCCACUGCUGAGAUGAUCAUGGAGGAGGAGGAGUCCGAACCUGGACCUGAGCCGAAUGUGGAGGCGUUGAAGACCACGGCCAAAAACAGCUGA